GCAUGCGCACUGCAGCUGACCCCCCUCCGCUUCCCGAGCGCACUGCCACGUUAGUGAGCGCCAGACACAAAAAACUAGCACCAAAAAAAAAAACAAUAAGGAAGAACAAAGAGCAACUUUGACUGUGUCCCUCAUUGUCCAUAUCUGUCCUGCGGAAGACUUGUCGUCGACGAAGAUGCUCAAGAUAUUCCUCCUGUGCACGUUAGCCGUAGCCAUUCCGGCGGAGAUCGCCGAGGAAGAUGACGUCCUGGUGCUUAAGAAAAGUAACUUCGACGAGGCUCUCCUACUGCAUCCCAACAUCCUGGUAGAAUUCUAUGCCCCAUGGUGUGGUCACUGCAAGGCGCUGGCUCCGGAGUAUGCCAAGGCCGCUGGAAUGUUGAAGGCGGAGGGUUCAGCGAUCCGCCUGGGUAAGGUUGACGCCACGGAAGAGAACGACCUGGCUCAGGAGUUUGGUGUCCGAGGAUACCCAACCAUCAAGUUCUUCAAGGGAGGAGAGAAGGACUCCCCCAAAGAGUACUCAGCUGGAAGACAGGCAGAUGACAUUGUUAACUGGCUGAAGAAGCGCACAGGCCCUGCUGUCACCACGCUGGCCGACAUCACUGCUGCACAGUCCCUGAUCGCCGACAGUGAGGUGCUGGUCAUUGGGUUCUUUAAGGAUGUUGAGUCUGAUGGUGCCAAGGCCUUCGAAAAAGCAGCUGAAGCCGUAGAAGACAUUCCCUUUGGCCUUACCUCCGAGGAUGCCGUUUUUACCAAGUUUGAGGUGUCCCAAGACAGCAUUGUCCUCUUUAAGAAGUUUGAUGAGGGACGGAACACUUUUGACGGUGAGCUUACCAAAGAAAGCAUCCUGUCUUUCGUUAAGGCCAACCAACUGCCUCUGGUCAUCGAGUUCACUGAGCAGACCGCCACAAAAAUCUUUGGGGGAGAGAUCAAGUCCCACAUUCUCAUGUUCCUGCCAAAAGCAGCUUCAGACUUCCAGGACAAAAUGGACCAGUUUAAGAAAGCGGCAGAGUCAUUCAAGGGUCAGAUCCUGUUCAUUUUCAUCGACAGCGACGUGGACGACAACCAGCGCAUCCUGGAGUUCUUUGGCCUAAAGAAAGAGGAGUGCCCUGCCAUCCGUCUCAUCACAUUGGAGGAUGAGAUGACCAAGUACAAGCCAGAUAACGAUGCCAUAGUUGCAGAAAGUAUUAUAGAAUUCUGUACACAAUUCACUGAAGGCAAACUGAAGCCUCACCUCAUGAGCCAAGACAUCCCUGAAGACUGGGACAAAAACCCAGUUAAGGUUCUGGUUGGCAAGAACUUUGAAGAUGUCGUCUUCAAUCCCAAGAAAAACGUCUUUGUAGAAUUCUAUGCACCUUGGUGUGGCCACUGCAAGCAGCUGAAUCCCAUCUGGGAAAAGUUGGGAGAGAAAUACAAGGACAGUGCUGACAUUGUUGUGGCAAAGAUGGACUCCACAGCCAAUGAGAUUGAAGCAGUCAAAGUCCACAGCUUCCCCACACUUAAAUUCUUUCCGGUGGGAGAUGAACACAAGGUGAUCGAUUACAAUGGGGAGAGAACAUUGGAAGGCCUCACCAAGUUUCUGGAGAGUGGUGGUCAGGAUGGAGGUGCUCCUGCUGGGGAUGAUGAUGAUGACGACGAUGAUUAUGAUGAGGAUCUAGGUGAAGGUCAGGACGAGGACUCUGACGGUGAGGACGACGAUGGUCAUGACGAGUUGUAAGAACUGGUAGGAGAGAAAAAAGGAGUUCCACCCUGUCCCCUCUUUACAAGUCAUUACACUAACUUCACUUUUAAUUGAACCCCCCUGGCCCCGAGAACAUUAAUAAGUCACUUGCGUUAACCGCCCAGUAGUUGGCCAAGUCAGCACAUGAGUGGCGAGGCGGCCCCGAAUCUCAUUUUGUUUUAUUUGAAGGGGGAGGGGCUGCACGGUGAUGCCUCCAGCAAGGCUUCCACGCCAACUCUCUGCCUUUUUUUCCUCAAACUUGAUUUCUUUUAGCCAUCAAGAGUCUGUGCACUAAAGCGGUUUUGUGCGUGGACAAGUGGCCAUCUUGUUUGUAUUUUCCCUCGCCGCUAAGCAACUUCUUGCCAAUCUGUGUAGUUAAAGAUCUUCAUUUGUUUCUCCCCUCACUCGUCUGAGGAGGACUGACCAUUUUUCUAAAAACAACAAAUGCUAACUUUUUUCGACUAGGGGGGGAAAAACAUGUUUUAUUUAAUUUCUUUAUCUUUUUUUUUUUUUUUUUUAAUGUUUGACCAUCGUGCCCAGUUGGCCUCGUUGGGCAGAGUUGGCACUUGGACACACUCAGGCCAUGGAUGUUUGGUUUUGGCGUUUUUUGAGUGGGUUCUGCAAAGUGGCGUUGUGUUCAUGCCUCACUAGAGAUUGUUUUUGGUGACUUAAACAGGACAUUUGAUGUUGGUUUGAGAGAAGUGCUUGUUAAUCUAAAGCGCCUCACACACGCUGUACCUUGUAUCCAUCUUGGCUCCCACAACACGCUACUUGUCACCGUGAACUCAAGUGGGAAUGGAUCAUUUGCAUUUAGUCUUAUUGACUAAAAUAGAUUGUACUGUAUUAGGUGGUGACACAAGUAGAGCUAGGAGUUUACGUUUAACAUCUGUACAGCAGUGAGGGAUACUUAAAGCAUUCCAUCAUAAUCCAGAUUGGUGUGGAAAAUGUGAAAUGGUGGCCAAUAAACAAAAAAAAAUGAAAAACACA